UUUUUUCCCUCAUUAAAUUUCAGCUACAAUUUUGAUCAGGCAUUUUCUACGUCAGGUGUGGGGUCCUUACACUGUACAUUUUAAAACCGUCGCGGUGAGAGGGCAGCUAACAGCUGUAUCUGGUGGGGAAAGUUGAGGAGGUUGGCAUGUAAAAAUUGAGUCGCUACAUCUCACGAAAAUUUAUCAAAAUGCUGAUGAGUGUGACGCUGUAUGCAUAGGCAAACGCAGUAGCUGAAGCAUGGAGGCAAUUCUGAACAGACUGAGGGAGCUGAGUGCGGAUGAGCUGCGAGAGGAGUUUGCCAGGGCAGACCUCAAGUGCGGCCCCAUCACGGCCACCACCCGGGCCAUCUUUGAAAGGAAGCUGGCACGCGUCCUUGUUGGGCCAGAGAGCAGUGCCACUGAGAAAGACAAUUGCUCAACUGAAGACAACUCGGGUAGUGCAGCCUCCACCACUGACCAGACUAAACCUAUGUCAUGUACCACUUUAGAAGGUGCACUUACCACCUCUAUUAGUGGCCCUCCUCGGGCUGCGAGUGAGGAGGAAGACUUUGGCUAUGGAGUUGGUCUCAACCCCCCAGAAGAGGAUGAGAUCUUAGUCAAGCCGAGUACCCCAUCACAUAACUCUAUGGAGAGCAGUUGCUCUCAUACCAAAACAGAAACUCCUUCAAAGCCCGCACAAGUUCCCCCAACCAUCUUUUAUGGAGUAUGUCCACCAUGGGAAGACGUCCUGGCGAGAAAUGAGAGACCACACGUUUACACAGAUAAGAAGGAGGCCCUUCAGGUUGUAAAGAUGAUGAAGGGAGCGCGCUUCAAAGCCUUCUCUAAUCGUGAGGAUGCUGAGAAGUUUGCCAAAGGAAUCUGUGAUUAUUACCCCUCCCCUAACAAAUCUGCACCUUGUGUGUCCCCUGUCAGACCAGGCCUCGUGAUUUGUAAGGAUGUGAUGGAGGUUGACACCAUCAACCGAGAGCGGGCCAAUAGUUUCAAGAGCCCACGCACACAAGACCUCACAGCUAAACUGAGGAAAGCUGUGGAGAAAGGUGAUGAUGCAGCCUUCAUCGAGUUGGUUGGGAGCAACCCACGAUAUCUAAUUGGUUCAGGGGAUAACCCCACUAUUGUACAGGAGGGCUGCCGCUACAAUGUGAUGCAUGUGGCAGCAAAGGAGAACCAGGCAGGCAUUGCCCAGUUGUUACUGGACACCCUGGAAAACCCUGAAUUCAUGCGCCUCAUGUACCCUGAUGACCAGGAAGCCAUGCUACAGAAACGCAUCCACUACAUCGUAGACCUUUACCUCAACACUCCUGAUAAAGCUGGCUUUGAUACGCCACUCCACUUUGCCUGUAAAUUUGGUUGCCCAGAAAUGGUCAAUGUCUUGUGUUCGCACCCUGAUAUUGAUAAGAACUGCAAGAAUAAGUAUGACCAAAAACCUUGUGACGUCAUUUGUGAUAGGAAAAAUAAAACCCGGGAAGUGAAACUAAAGAUAUGUGACUAUUUGGAAGACCGCUGCUAUAUUCCUUUACUGAGGGCAACAGACAACUCUUUUCAGCCCAUCAUUGGCGCUUCUUGGUCACCUGAGUCCUCAGAGAGUCACUCUCAUUCGGUGAUCCCAUGGCAAGCAAGAUGUCCCAUUGAUCCAGUGAUGACUGUUAAAGCUUUCGCAGGCCCAUUGAGCCCUUCUAAAGCAAAUGAUUUCCGUCGUGCAUGGAAGACACCCCCUAGAGACAGAGCUGAGCAUUUUCACAACAUCCUUAAGUCUGACCCUGACCGCGGUGCAGAGAGAGUGGGCAGAGACCUGGCUCAUGAGUUUGGUCAUCCAUGGGCUGAGUAUUGGGACUUCUUGGAUAGUUUUGUGGAUCUGUCAUCAACAGAAGGCCUCCGUAAACUGGAGGAGUACCUCAACAAGAAAGAUUUCAGUCAGAGCGCUCAAGAGGAGGCUGGGGAGAAUGAGACCAGCAACCGGUUCAGAACCCCUUCUCCAGGGAAGCCCAAAAAGUUCUGCAACUCCAUCUCUGUCGGUGCCUUUCUGGAUGAGGACGACGACAUGAGCUUGGAGGAGAUGAAAAACCGCCAGAACGCAGCACUCACCAGCAUCACCUCCUCUGCCUGCUCCACGGACAGCCUAAAGGGCGCCGUGGGUGGCCAUGAGUUUCACAUCCUGCCCAUUGCUCUCCACCACCAUGGAGCCAACCUGAUUGAGACGGCAGCUGAGCAGGACCUGCUGUGCUGCUGCCAUGAGGGCCUCCUCUCGCCCGGUGUGGUUUGUAAAAAUGGUCUGUGCUCAUCCUCACGAGACAGGACUCACAAUGGGGACAAAGUAUCCCCCCGUGCCUCUCCAUCCUCCUGCCUGCUGUCGCCAAUCUCCAACCUCAUGGUGGAGUUUGAGCGCAUGACCCUGCAGGACUCGCUGGACAGCCCAAACAGCUGUAGCGACGGGCGGAGCAGGGAAAGGAGGAGCAGUGGGGGGAACAGGCACAGGGAGGCCAGGGGCCCCUACAGUUCCUCGGCCACUGACCUGAGCUCCGGGUUCUGUCGACUGUCGCUGGGUAACAAUUGUCAGGACAGUGUGUUCGACAUGGAGAGCAGUGAGGCUGAUGAGGGGACAGGCUGGAGAACAGAAGGAGGGAGGGAAGGCGACAGGCGCAGCAGUGGCAGUUCAGAGGAGUACUUUGAAGCACAAGAGAACCUUGAGGGCCUGGGACAAAGAGCACCGCUCUCAGGCCGCACAUUCUGCGCCAGGUCUAAAUCGUGGGAUCAUGGGGGAAGGGAUCUGAGCAGCUCAGGUUCCUCUGGCUCCUAUAAGUCCUUGGAUAACUCUUAUGACUUUCUACCCAGGACCCCAUCACGCAUCAGAAAAGGACUUUUCAUUGAUGGCGAUUCACCAACCAAGUUGGACAAAGAGGUCUUUUCAGCAAUAGAAGCCAUAGACAUCGACCUCCAGAAAUACCCCAGCAUUUUUAAGUGGAAGAGCACAAUGAAGACAUACUCAGCAUUGGACAUGCAAAGCUGGCCCAGCCCUGCAGGAGUAAAACCCCGAGCCAGGAUUCAGGCUCACACUCCCUGCUCUCCUGUCAGCAGCCUGGUGUCCCCAACUGGCCGCUUCAACCCUGCCCGGCAUGGUGCCUCACCAGACUUCAGCCCUAGCCGUUACAGCCCUGCAAACUCUAGCUACAUCCAGCGCAUCCGCCUCAAACACUUCGAGCCUCCGAUCUAACACCGCCAGCCACAUCCCUGAUCCCCUUGCCCCUCCCUGCCAGUAAAAUUCCAGCCCCACCAAGGUGGCUAUGCCAGAGCUCAGAACCACAUACCUAAUAAAAUUAUGCACAAGUGUCUCCAAAAUUUGUAUUAAUGUACGGUACUACUCCUAUAUAUUGCAUACAGGAGUUGUUCAUCACGUUGGGUUGUGAUGUACACUCGAUUUAAAAACAUGGAAAAAAAACAACAGGUUUUCUUGACAAUGUAUGUACUGUAUGGGUCUGGACCAUAUUGAAUUGAUGGUAACUAUGUUAUUUGUGGCAAGUGUGAAGCACUUUUAUCAUAGCUGGUCAUCUUUUUUGAAUAACCAUUAACACAAGCCGCACUCCCCGAAAAAGCUAGUUCUUCACUAAAAUGUCAGUGUUAAAUUCUCAGUGGGAUUCUGUCACUGAAAAUAGAUGUUUUUAAAAAGUAAAAUGUUGAUAUUUUAAUGAAUAAUUUUUUGUAUGUUGGUCAGUAGCACAAAAAAAUACACGUUUUUAUUAUGUGUGUUAAACCAACUGCCAGUUCCUAUGUUUUCCUCAGUUCAGGAAUUGCCUUAAUUUUCUGAAGUGUUCAGUUAGUCUUCAGUUACCAGUCUUCAGUUGGAAUUUGUUGUACUCUGUUCAGCUUAUUCAAAAUAUCCCCAAACGGCAAACUAGUUGCCUUGUUGAUUAGAUUAUGACUGCAAACAUGGGAAAACAGUGAGACACUGAGAUCUUCCAUGUUAUUUU